CGGCUUCACCAGCCACACACACUAUCGAUCAAGGCUGCCCCGCUUUCACCGUGUCCACACCGGAAAGCCGCAUGCACGGCUCAACGAACUCAUCCUUCACCAACCGCGCCGGCGUGACAAGAACCCCGCCUAUAAAUCUCCCGUGCCGCCGAGCCUCGCCGGAAUCAGCAACCAACCGAGCUCCCUGCCGCUUGCCACCUCCUCGCACAAGGUCUGGAACCACGGCCGGGCACCUGCACCGGUACUACAGCUAUAGCUAGCUACCACGUAGUACUACACCGGCCAGAGGGAGGGAGCGAGCGGGCAUGGCGAGCGAGGUGCAGUCGGCGCCACCGACGCCGCGGCCGGUGUCGGCCCCGCCGUCGCAGAUACCCUCUCCGGCGGCGCCCAGCCGGUCGCCGCUGCGCGCCAUGGCGUCGCCGCUCGCCAGCCCCGUGAAGAAGGCGGUGGCGAGCGUGAGGGGGUACCUGGAGGAGGUGGGCCACAUCACUAAGCUCGCCGACCCGCGCGACGCCUGGCUCCCCAUCACCGCGUCCAGGAGCGGCAACGCCUACUACGCCGCCUUCCACAACCUCAGCUCCGGCGUCGGCUUCCAGGCGCUCGUGCUCCCCGCCGCCUUCGCCUCCCUCGGAUGGACGUGGGCGAUCGUCUGCCUGACCGUGGCGUUCGUGUGGCAGCUCUACACGCUACGGCUGCUGGUGAACCUCCACGAGCCCGUCGCCGGCGGCACACGCUACAGCCGGUACAUGCACCUCGCCACCACCGUCUUCGGCGAGAGGUGGGGGAAGAUCCUGGCCCUGCUGCCGACGAUGUACCUGUCGGCGGGGACGUGCACGGCGCUCAUCAUCGUGGGCGGCGGCAGCAUGAAGAUCCUCUUCAGCAUCGCCUGCGGGCCCGCGUGCCUGGCGCGGCCGCCGACCAUGGUGGAGUGGUACGUGGUGUUCGUCUGCGUGGCCGUGGUGCUGUCCCAGCUCCCCAACCUCAACUCCAUCGCCGGCGUGUCCCUGGUCGGGGCGACGGCGGCCGUCGGCUACUGCACCAUGAUCUGGGUCAUCUCCGUGGCCAAGGGGAGGGUGGUCGGCGUGUCCUACGACCCGGUCAAGCCCAGCAGCGACGUCGACAGGACCAUCGCCAUCCUCAACGGCCUGGGCAUCAUCGCGUUCGCUUUCAGGGGGCACAAUCUCGUGCUCGAGAUUCAGGGGACAAUGCCGUCGACGCUGAAGCACCCUUCGCACGUGCCAAUGUGGAAGGGCGUCAAGUUCGCCUACGUCGUCGUCGCCCUGUGCCUGUACCCCGUCGCCGUCGGCGGCUUCUGGGCCUACGGAAACCAGAUACCACCCAACGGGAUGCUGAGCGCGCUGUACAAGUUCCACAGCCGCGACGUGUCCCGGCUGGUGGUGGGGCUGGCGACGCUGCUGGUGAUCGUCAACUGCCUGACCACGUACCAGAUAUACGCCAUGCCGGUGUUCGACAACAUGGAGGCCGGGUACGUGCACAAGAAGAACCGGCCGUGCCCGUGGUGGCUGCGGGCGGGAUUCCGCGCCUUCUUCGGCGCCGUCAACCUGCUCAUCGCCGUCGCGCUGCCCUUCCUGUCGGAGCUCGCCGGGCUCCUCGGCGGGAUCUCGCUGCCGGUCACCCUCGCCUACCCGUGCUUCAUGUGGCUGGCGAUAAUGAAGCCCGGGAGGGGCACGGCCAUGUGGUGCCUCAACUGGGCGCUGGGCAGCCUCGGCAUGGGGCUCAGCUUCGUGCUCAUCGUCGGGAACCUGUGGGGGCUCGUCGCCACCGGCCUGCACGUGCACUUCUUCAAGCCCGCCGAGUUCCAGUGAGAUCAAACAUGGACGCAAGUUUGUUUCUUGUCUACCAACGUAAGGCAAUUUUAAUGUCAUGUCAUCUCAUGUAAUGCUGUGCUCUUUUCCCUUUUGCUUCUGAGAAAUGAGAAAUAUACAGGGUGGUGUACUGAAACCUGAAACGUUUUUGGAAGCAAAAGCUGAAUUUACGUUUCAACAUACACACUA